AUGCUUGAAGGUGUUGUGAGGGGGAGCGGCAGCGGCGGACGCAGGGUUCCUGGCCGGGGUGGUAAGGCAUUACAUUUCCGCCUAGGUUCAUUAUGCAGCUCGCAACCGUGGCAGAUACGGUAAUGCAAUACCCCGUUUUCCAACACUAAUGUUACUCCCGUACAUUGCUACGGCUCUUUUUGCAGAAUGCAAGAAGCCAACCGUGUGGCUCAUAGAUUUACGGAGGGAUAAAGAGGCUUGGGAUAUAGGGAGUAA